UCCGGCCCUGUAGUCCUUCCCCUCCACUCCCUUCCUCUUCUCUGCUCACACAGGAAGCCCAGGAAGCUGCUUCCUCAGACAUGCCGCUGCUGCUACUGCUGCCCCUGCUGUGGGCAGGGGCCCUGGCUAUGGAUCCAAAAAUCCGGCUGCAAGUGCAGGAGUCAGUGACGGUACAGGAGGGUUUGUGCGUCCUCGUGCCCUGCACUUUCUUCCAUCCCAUACCCUACUACGACAAGAAUUCCCCAGUUCAUGGUUACUGGUUCCGGGAAGGACCCAUUGUAUCCGGGGACUCUCCAGUGGCCACAAACAAGCCAGAUCAAGAAGUACAGGAGGAGACUCAGGGCAGAUUCCGCCUCCUUGGGGAUCUCAGUAGGAACAACUGCUCCCUGAGCAUCGUAGACGCCAGGAGGAGGGAUAAUGGUUCAUACUUCUUUCGGAUGGAGAGAGGAAGUACCAAAUACAGUUACAAAUCUCCCCAGCUCUCUGUGCAUGUGACAGACUUGACCCACAGGCCCAAAAUCCUCAUCCCUGGCGCCCUAGACCCCGGCCACUCCAAAAACCUGACCUGCUCUGUGUCCUGGGCCUGUGAGCAGGGAACACCCCCGAUCUUCUCCUGGUUGUCAGCUGCCCCCACCUCCCUGGGCCCCAGGACUACUCACUCCUCGGUGCUCAUAAUCACCCCACGGCCCCAGGACCACGGCACCAACCUGACCUGUCAGGUGAAGUUCGCUGGAGCUGGUGUGACUACGGAGAGAACCAUCCAGCUCAAUGUCACCUAUGUUCCACAGAACCCAACAACUGGUAUCUUUCCAGGAGAUGGCUCAGGGAAACAAGAGACCAGAGCAGGAGUGGUUCAUGGGGCCGUUGGAGGAGCUGGUAUUACAGCCCUGCUCGCUCUUUGUCUCUGCCUCAUCUUCUUCAUGCUCAUAACAAUGGCCCCACAGCCUGAGAAAACCAGGCUCAAAGACCCUGGUGUCUCCCAUCAGAGUGAAGACCCACAGGAGGAAAGCAGCCAGGACAGCAGUGGGCAGGAAUGACACCCACCCUACCACAGGGCCAGCCUCCCCGAAACACCAGAAGAAGUCCAAGUUACAUGGCCCCACUGAAACCUCAAGCUAUUCAGGUGCCGCCCCUACUGUGGAGAUGGAUGAGGAGCUGCAUUAUGCUUCCCUCAACUUUCAUGGGAUGAAUCCUUCCAAGGACACCUCCACCGAAUACUCAGAGGUCAGGACCCAGUGAGAAACCCACAAGAGCAUCAGGCUCAGCUAGAAGAUCCACAUCCUCUACAGUUCGGGGACCAAAGGCUGAUUCUUGGAGAUUUAACACCCCACAGGCAAUGGGUUUAUAGACAUUAUGUGAGUUUCCUGCUAUAUUAACAUCAUCUUAGACUUUGCAAGCAGAGAGUCGUGGAAUCAAAUCUGUGCUCUUUCAUUUGCUAAGUGUAUGAUGUCACACAAGCUCCUUAACCUUCCAUGUCUCCAUUUUCUUCUCUGUGAAGCAGGUAUAAGAAGUCCUAUCUCAUAGGGAUGCUGUGAGCAUUAAAUAAAAGUACACAUGGAAAACGCCA